CCGAGUGUAGCCAUUCAGCAGCCUGGCGCCGCAGAGAGCACGUCGAGCCAGAGCCUGCAGAGCGUCUAUUCACACCGCAGAGCAGGACGAGGGAGCAGGACAGGCGGCAUCCGCAGGCACGAGUACACGCGCUUGACACCCACUGACACCCCGUUUUCACUCCACCUGCCUGCUGUGCAGCGGCACGAAGGGAAGACCGACGAGGGAGAGGAGCUGCGCUUUCGGAGCCGUGGAGUUAUAUAAGAGCAGAGGAAGCGCCAGCCGCGUCGCAGGGCCGGUGUGACUCAUUGAUAAAUAACACGGGCUCUCCGGACAGAUGCAUGAAUGACUGCCUGUGUGAGCGACCCGCAGUCAAGGAAAUCUGUGAAGGAUCUCCGAUCCGGCUCGUCCUAAAGCGCACGGGACUCUGACGCACAUUUGGAGCGAGAAUUUACUGUCUGUUUUUGCAUUUUUGAUCAUUUUUAUUCUUUUUUUGCCGACGGCCCUCCGAGCGGCGGACUGAAACAGAGAGAUUUUUAUUAUCUCUCUCUCUAUAUAUAUAUUUUUGGUUGCAGCCAGAAAAGUCUCCAGCUGCCCGACAACCUCGCUUUCUUCACACAACUUUAACUCCUGCCUAUAAAUGCUCGACAAGCUCAAGCCCGUCGUCCAGCUCGACUCGGUAAUGGCGAUCAGCAAGACGGUGGGCUGGCUCCGGGAGCAGCUGGAGACGCGCAGGGACGGCCUGCUUGUGAUGGACUGCCGGGCCCAGGAGCUCUACGAGUCGUCGCACGUCGACACGGCCAUCAACGUGGCCAUACCGAGCCUCAUGCUCCGCCGGCUCAAGAAGGGCAACCUGCCCGUGCGGUCGCUGCUCUCCGACGGCGAGGACCGGGAGAAGUUCGUGCGCCGCUGCAAGACGGACACCAUCGUGCUGUACGACGAGUACAGCCGCGAGUGGAACGAGAACGUGGACGGGGGCUCCGUGCUGGGUUUACUGCUGAGGAGGAUGAAGGACGAGGGCUACAAGGCCUACUAUCUGGAGGGUGGCUUCAGUAAAUUCCAAGCCGAGUAUCCUGCUCUGUGCGAAACCAACCUGGACGGCUCCUCCAACAGCAGCAGCUCCCCCACCGCCCAGGUGCUGGGCCUCGGCGGGCUGCGCAUCAGCUCCGACUCCUCGGACAUCGAGUCCGACAUCGACCGGGACCCGAGCAGCGCCACGGACUCGGACGGCAGCCCGCUGUCCAACCCGCAGCCCUCCUUCCCGGUGGAGAUCCUGCCGCACCUCUACCUGGGCUGCGCCAAGGACUCCACCAACCUGGACGUGCUGGAGGAGUACGGCAUCAAGUACAUCCUCAACGUGACUCCCAACCUGCCCAACCUCUUCGAGAACGCGGGGGAGUUCAAGUACAAGCAGAUCCCCAUCUCGGACCACUGGAGCCAGAAUCUCUCGCAGUUCUUCCCCGAGGCCAUCAGCUUCAUUGAUGAAGCCCGAGGCCAGAAGUGUGGCGUCCUGGUCCACUGCCUGGCCGGCAUCAGCCGCUCAGUGACGGUGACGGUGGCCUACCUGAUGCAGAAGCUCAACCUGUCCAUGAACGACGCCUACGACAUCGUCAAGAUGAAGAAGUCAAACAUCUCGCCCAACUUCAACUUCAUGGGCCAGCUCCUGGACUUUGAGCGCACCCUGGGCCUGAAGAGCCCGUGUGACAAUCGCAUCGCGCCGCCGAGCCAGCAGCUCUACUUCACCACCCCGACCAACCACAACGUCUUCCAGCUGGACCCCCUGCAGUCCACGUGAGGGCUGCUGUUGCCACGCCUCUCCUUGCUGGGGGUUUAACGGGCCUCCUGUUGGAAACGCUGCAAAAAGCUUCUCUUUUUUCCGUCGCCUGGCGUGGGACAGUCGACUGCUGCUGGACGUGGUUACCGGAGGGCCAAAGCUGUAUGGCCAAGACGCAGCUGCUGCUGACUUGAAUGAGGAGAGACAGUAAAAGAGACGGACAAGAGAGUCAUUUAAAGAGUGCAGAUUCUUACUUCAAUCUUAUAUCACUGUUGGACUCCUGAGGUCUUUCUCUCUCUUUGUGUCAUUGUGUCUGAGGCAACAGCUGUUCGUUAUGCUUCAAAGCUCCUGGGCUGGUGUGCCAAAGAGACGUGAUUGUUCGGACUGGACAGAUCUAUGAAAGAAACCCUUUUUUUAAAUGUUUGUUUUGGGGUCCAGCGCUGGUUCCCCCGAGACGCCAAGGCGCAUUGUCUCCUCCGUCUUCUAUGAAGACUUGCCUGUGUGGGGUUGAAGCACCCCAGCUUUAAAAUGGCACACUAUAUACUGGACUCGAUUUUACAUUUGUGGAGUCUUUUCAAACAUUUAUACAUUGUGUAUAUAUCUUAAUAUAAGAGACAAUACAGUAAAAAGCCUUGCUCUAGUAUAUACCCUUUGCAACAAGUGGGUACUGAAGAUUCUUCGUUUCAUAUUCUACUUUUGUGUAAGCAGACAAAUUGCAUAUUGAUCAGUAUGUUAAAGUUGAUUAUGCCAAAAAUCAAGUAGGCUUUCUAAGAAUUGUGCAAAAAUGUGUACAUGUGUAAUAUAUUUGAUAAUCGCUUUACGUGUGAAUACAGCCAACCGGCCUUGUUUUUGCACCCACCCACUCACAAAUCAAAGUCACCUUGGUUGUUUGCCUUACUUUUGCGCUCAGAGGGUUCUUAUUGCGCAUUGGCCUUCAGAGAAAUUCAUCAAUUUUUCUCAACUCUGCAGCAUCCCAGAGAUUUGCUUUUAAUUUUGCACAAAUGAAAAUCGACUAUUCAUCAGAUUUUUAUCUAAUUUGGCACCACGUAAAAGAUGGAGUCAGGAUGGCCAGCGUGUGUCUCUGAAGGUGAAUGUGGGUAAUCCUGGUCUGUGCACAACGGUUAAAAAGUCUCUGACGUGUGGACAAAGUAGGAGGCUUUGUUCACCUCGCCUCUUCAGGGAAAAACUCUGUGAAAUGCAGUUUUUAUUUGUCAAGAUGAGAGAAAAAGUGUUGUGUUGCCCCCCUCCACAGAGAAGGCCUCUUUCCAGAGGAAGCCAUCUUGGCAACCCUCUGCCAACCCCCUCCACACUCCUCUCUUACGAAUGUAAAGAAAAGAUAAGUUAUUAAUAAAUUGCUAUUUUGUCUACACUC